ACGGCACGGGCCGCUCUCCGCUCGCUCGCUCGCGCAGUACCGCGGCGACCCUCGGCUAAGGAGCAUCCGCGCCGUUUGCCCGUUUGUCGACGUCGCGCAGUCGGUCCCGUGGCCGGCGAAAAGGGGGAUUCGCGGUGAAACGUGAGAACCUCUCCCGCUCUCCGUGACCAAAUUCGUGCGCGUCGCCGUCACCGUCGCCGUCGUCGCGGCGCCUCCUCGCGAGCCGAGAGGCCGUAAUCCGCGCGUCCCGAACGAUCGCGGCCGGGAAAAGGGAGAAGUUGAGGCCGCGAAAGAAGCAGCAACCACCUCGUCGUCGCACCUGUAUCGCUCGGCGCUACCCCCUCCCCUCCCCCGCGCGUCUCGCGAUUUGCACAAUACGAAAUCUCUCGACCUGUCUCGCGAUGCCUGUGUGAUAUAUAUACAUAUAUAUAUAUAUAUAUAUAUACGUACGUGUGCGAGGUGUUUUCACGAGUAUUUCUGCCCGCUUGGUCGUCCUUCCGCGCCAGCCCGGAAGAAAAAGGGUAGACGGAGGGUGGGAACGAGACGCCGAAGGUGUCGGAAAGAUGUCCCGCGGCACGUGGCACCGGUGGUCGGUGCUCCUGCUGCUCCUGCUUGCCACGAGAUUCCUCUCCGUGCACAGCCAAUGCGGCUCGUACGCCCAGGACCGGCAGGAGAAGCAGGACAAGCAGGACAAGCUGGCGCUCUACAAGGUUAUGCUGAGGACCUACUGGUCGAGGGCGCGAUUCCCGCGACAUUAUCCGGAGUGGAAGCCUCCAGCGCAGUUCGGCAAGCUGAUCGGUCGAACGCACGACUCGACUUACACUCUGUAUAGAUUAGGCGAAAGACUAUCUACGGGUGCCAGAUUAUACGUGGAAACCGGAAGGGCCGAUGGAUUGGACGCGGAUGGAGAUUCGCCCAACAGCCUUCACUCGUUCACGGGUCCCCCGAUUCCUCAAGGCGAGGGCAUGAGCGUCACUCGAGCCUUUUUGGACGGCAAUCAUACUCUAAUUAGCAUUAUGGCGCGCAUCAAUCCCAGCCCCGAUUGGUUCGUAGGCGUGGAUUCCUUCCAACUGUGCGUCGAGGGCAAUUGGGUCGAUACCGUUACCGUGGAGCUCGACCCGUUGGACGGGGGCACGGAUAACGGCUUCACAUUCACGGCUGCCAACUGGCCGACGCAGCCCCAAGGAAUCGCUUACAGGAUCACAUCCCGAUAUCCGGCACAUCCCGCGGGAAGCUUCUAUUAUCCGAAUCUACCUCGUCUACCGCCGAUAGCUACCCUCACAUUCACCAAGCUGCGUGAGUACACCCUGACCGAAUCGUAUCACGAAGAUGAAGUCGAGGUGGAAUUCGUCAGCAAUGACAAUCUGCAAGCGAACAGCGAAGCUCCCAGAGGAAUCGAUCCAAACAGGGACCUAAACGAGGCCAUAGCUGAGGAACGAAGGGAAAUGGACACCCAGAGAUACAGAUACUGGAGCACGACCGGGAACGGUCAGCAAACGGUCGUCGUGACGGACGUUCCGCAGGACAACAAGGCGGCGAUCAUCAACAGCAUCGCCACGUCGUACGCUUUGCAGAGACCGAGGUACACCGCGACCGCGAUACCGCGAACAUCGAAGGUCGCUGUCGACGGUAAAACGAGGUACAGCGAGACAGGGAAGUCCGACUGGCCGUAUUACCAGACGUACAGGCAAACAGCGGAGACGCAGAAGGCGCAAAUCUACGAGGAUAUCAAGAGAAAGAUUACCAACGUGUCGAACGUGUCGAGUACAGGCUACUCAUUUGCGAACAACGUGACUGGCUCGACGGAUCAGCGCCAGCACAAAUUCAGAAUGAAGCAUCACGGAUUGACAUCCAAAGGCAAACGAGUUAGAACACGUGCACCAAGAGAUUGCAAGGUCGGCGAAUGGGGCCCGUGGAGCGCGUGCAGUCGCAGUUGCGGCGUGGGCGAGACCCAGAGGAUGCGGAAGAUCACGAUAAAGCCGCGCCGGGGUGGCGCACCGUGUCCGCCGCUGAAGGAGACCAAAUGGUGCGGUAGCGUCAAUCCGUGCUCGGAAAGUAAGCCAAUCAUCGACUACCAUUGGUAGUCAUCGUCCGCGUCGGUCCCCUUCCACGAACACGUGUACCAAAGUGACUCGCUCACGGACGAAAGGUCGUGAAGAAGAAACCAAAGAGGGGUAGGGCGAGCGAGGAGUGAUGUUAUGCGAGAAACGCACGCUGGGACGCGAGUACGAUUAAAUAUGAGAAAUUGAACGAAAAUAUGAUAUAGAGAAGAGAUAGAAAUGAUAUCUUUUUUAUAUCUCUUUCAGUAGUCACCGCAAUGAUAUGACUAGAGGGUGUAGCUGUGGAACAUGUCGUAUUUUAGGAAGAGUAGCGAUUCGCGUGGUUUGACAAUAUGCGUUACAUGAAAAUUCAUAAACACGAUAUCCAAUAUUUUAAGGUAAAAGAAUUAGUGACUGCUGCAGCGAUUACAUUGGCAUCGGGCGAUAAUAACCAUGUGCAUUUGCGCAGACGACUAUAAUGAUCAUCAUACAUGACAUAAUUUCGCGUAAUCCCGUUGCUAUUAAAUCCCGUUUAAUAUAACGAGUGGCCGUGAUGAGGAGCAGCGUCGAGUCACAUAAUCGAACGGUAUAAUAUAUUUCAUUACAAUUAGUAUUCGCAACCAUUGCAUAUUUCCGUGACAAACAAGCGGAGAAGCAUUAUCGCAUACGGCGAUAUUAUAUUUUACUCGCUUGCAUUUAUUGUCGUCACGUUUGAUGUCGCAUUCGUCGUGCGAUACGUACACAUAUAGGCGUGUAUGUCGCUCGCAUCACGAAUAUUGAAAACACAAAGAUUACCAAAGAGAAAUUCGAAUAGCUGACUCGCGUCGUAUCGUGUUUCCGCGUGUAUCACUAAAAUGUGUUUAAAGCUCGAUUUUCACUCCGCAUAACGCGCAUGGCGUUUCGAUGUCUUUUGUUUUCGAAUUAAUUAAAUAAUCAUUGUUUGUCAAAUUUAUUAUAGGUAAAAUUACCUAGAGCCAUAUAUCUUUCAAAAGUAUCAAAGAAAUCGUAAAUUAUCUUAAUUCUUUGUUUUAAUAUUAAUUUAACGUAUAUGUCCUAUCACACCCUUGAAAGUUAAGUUAAUUCUUGACUUUAUUCGCGUUAAAAGCGAGUUUAACGACUGUUAGGACGAGGUAAUAACCGUGCCUUGUCUUUGCACGCGAUCGAAAAAAGAAAUGAAUCUUGGCAUAAUUGGAAAAUUGGCCCGACUUUCCGGAAGAAAAAUGUUAGAUGCAAUUAAGCUGACGGGUUAAUCGCCGGGACAAAUGACGGACCGCGGUACGAGUGCGGUGAUCGGCGAGCUGCACAUUCAGGUGCGAGAAUUUCUCGGUGAAAUUUAACCAUCGCGUGCGUAGCACCGAAGUCUCGCCGAGAUUAAGCCGGUGUUUCCGAAACGUACUACGUUACUUAAAACGAAGUUUUUAUCGGUCCGCUCUUUUCCAUUGCGGAAGGAAAACAAUCGGAUUCUCUUAAAGACGAAUUAACAAAGUUAAUGCUUAAAUAAAGUAUUUUUUAAAAUUAUUUACUUUUCCUGUUGCGCUUGUUAAUUAAUUGUUAUAUUUUGAACCUUUUAACUUAUCUCUUCCUGUCAACUAUACUGCCCAAAAAUAUCUUUUUCGAGAUGUAUUUUACAAUUUCGAAACGUCGUGCGAUGAGUCAAAAAGUUGAAAUACUUCACGCGGAAGAAGAGUGCGAUCGAUGCCCGCGGAGAAACGUUAGUCAGGGCAAUGUUCGGCACGAGAUGCGCGUUCGCAUAAAAUCCCAGACAAUGUUUUCGCGUGGGGAUAUUUUUCGCAAAGCGUCUCCUCGCUCGACGACAGCAUCGACGAAGGAUAUCGUAUAAAGAAGGAACUUGCAGACCGGGUUCCGCAAACGUUUUUUCACCAUCGUCAUCGAGAGUGCUGCAUCUCUCUCUCUCUCUCUCUCUCUCUCUAUCUCUCUCUUUCUCUCUCUCUCUCUCUCUCUCUCUCUCUCUCUCUCUCUCUCUCUCUCUCUCCCCUCUCCCUCUCAUUCGCUCUCUCCUCCUCCCAUCUCUUUCUCUGUCUCUCUCUCUCGUGGCGUGGUAGGGAAAUUUUUACAAAGAUAUCAGGUACGUCUUAGGUGAGUGUAUUAUAUCUUAGGCAUAAAUUUAACAAUAAUAAUUAAUAACUAACGUCUAAUCGUUAAUUAUUAGGUCCGUAUUAAUCGCGCUCGCGGAACUCGGCGUUGUUGCCCGCCGUGUGGAGAACGUUAAGUUAUAAGAACGAAAUGUAAUCUUACUCUGGUAGAUGGAUUUAAGAGUGCAACGCUGAAUUCCGUAUGCGACACGUACGUUGACGCACGGCUUGUCCUUCAUGUGUAGCGUCCACGGCUGCUAUUCUCGUCGAACGUUUAGCGUUAAACGCAAUCGAUCGAUCAUGAAACUUGAAGCGAUCAAUUAAAUUGAAUGAAAUGUUAAAAAUGGCUGUAAUUUGUCUAAUGUGAAAAACGAUGAACGUAAAGAACUUUCAAUUUGCAUGUACGUGAGUUGCACUUAGCGCUAAAUGCGCGACGAGGAUAAAGCCUGCCUAGCUAAAAUUUAUUAUAACUCUGUACAACUUUUAUUUUGAUUAAAAUAUUCAUUUCAACACAAAAAUAAACCGUGUCUAUGUUGCUGUGUGUACGUUGCGAUAAUUAAAUGUAGCAUAAAUUUUUUAAAUUGUUUUCGAGUGUGACGUAAUAGUAAUGAUUUCCCUGCUGCGUUUUGGCUCCCGUGAAAAAUGUGAAAUGAGCACGCUACUGCGUAAAAAAGAAUGGGUACGAGCGGAAAAUGUAGCGUACUGUACAAACUCGCGUACUGCCGCAUGUAAUAUCUACGUUUGUUCAUUCCACGGUAUGAAAGGCCAAUCUUCACGAUGGUAAUGGAUAAACACGGGGAGUGCUCGAUAACGCGUAAAAAUUUUUUAACGCAAAUUGCCGUGUGGUACUGUAACGUAAUAGCCUCCGCAAUUACCUUAUACCCUGACCUCUUAAAACUCCUGUUACUAUAUUUUAAACGAUAUAUUGCAUAAUAAAGAAAUCCGCACAUUUUUGGACAAUACUCAUAUAGAGUAAGAUGAUAUAUAUCGUUUUUAUACAAAUACAAUUUCUGCUCGUGCUAAGAUCUUUUUUUUAAAUUUCCAAACUAUUAAAACUUUACGUGCGAAACGUAAUCUCUAAAUGGACAAAAUAGUUAGAAAGCCCUUGCACGAUGGAAAUGCAAGCUGCCGGACAAAGUGGGUACAAAAACGAGAUAACCGCAUCGCGUCGCCGAAAUUUUCUCAAAGCAAAGCGCCGAUUCUCCGUCAAAAAAGUCCUUCGUUAAAAUUACGACAGUUUCCAUCACGCGUUUUACACGCGAGACGUAUCGUCCGUUUUUUAAGCGCAAAAACAGGAAGCACACGACGGGAGUAACCUUAAUUACGACGUUACUUAUGGCGUCCUCGUAUUACGUUAAAACCCGAUCGUUCGCGAUAAUUAGCGGCUGAUCUUCACCAGAGAGAAUCCCUCGAAAAGCCGUCGUUGGCGCACGGCUGAGAUAAAAUAUCAAGCCAGGCUAAUUCCCGAUACUCUUGCCAGUGUAUUGUAAAAUAUGUCAUGGAACAAUACCGCACGGCGAUAACAGAGCCGCUUUUCAUUUCUCAGUAUAUAAAUAUAUAUAUAUGUAUACACACACAUAUACAUACACACACAAAUAUAUAUGUAUAGGAAGGAGGACCGAGCCGUUGCCGUCUCGCAGUUAGAUGCAUUAAGGAUAAACGUUUUGUAAACUAAACGGGAACGCUUUCGUGACACGAGAGCUUCUGUGACGCGGAAAGAGGAAAAAAAUAGAUAUGCUUGAAAUAACGAUGCAAAUAAAGUCGUGGAUAAAACUGUUUGAGUUCAAUGCAACUAGAUCAGAAAGUUUGUUUUACACCGCCAGAGUUCAUAAUAAUUCGAAAUCUUUUCUUCGUUCUAGUUUAACAAAAUUCCAUCACAAUCUCGAUUAAAACUUUUCUCUUCUUCGGCAAACUGAGUAUCACAAAUACCUACGUAUGUGUGUUAUCAACGCAUAUUUAAUUGUGCAAAUUAUGAUUGCUCUGAUUUUCUUUUUUUUUAAAUAAUUUAUGCAUAAUACAAUUCAGAGUCUAUUUUUGGUAGAGAAAGAGCGGCACCCACAUGUAAUUGUUCUUUGCAAGUUUCGUAUUUAGUUUUCCUUAAAACAUUUAUUCGGCACAAUAUAUAAAUGCACUCUCAUUCUUUCUUCUUUCCCACGUCACCGGCGUUACGUGACAAUGACAAAUCAAUGACAGAUCAAUGGAGGAGUAAGUGGAGUGCCACGAUGAUGAUUCUGUACAAGUCACUGUGCAUUCUAGCCGUAAGGAUAGCCGAUAGGACUAGCGACUAAGCCAAAGCAUAUGUAGCAAUGUAUAACACAUAAGUUUAUAUUACAUAAUAAAAUGUGUCGAGAAAAUAAGCGGGCUCCCUUCUCGAUCUCCGAAUACAUAAUAUUUUUCACUUGCGACGUAUGAAUGGUAUUCGUAUAUAAUAAAGUAGUAAUUAUUUCAGGAA